UAUCUAUAUUCGAAUCAAGUGGAAUUUGCAAGGCCAGGUGCGCACGUGCCACACACUUAACGGCAUGCUUUAAAUAAAGCAGUUUAAAUAUAAAACAAUCACUCUAACUUUCGCCCGAAGUGAAUAUACAAAUAACAAAGAAGGAGAUGCUUGUCGUAAUUAGGAAAAUGUUUCCAACAAUUAUUCUACUGGUAUUGACAGUGUCACCCGCAUUGGUUCGAGCCAGAUUGGUGAACAAUGAACUAUCAACAGAGGAUUCUCUUGAUAUAGAUGCUAGUUCACUUGAUACUCUAGAUAGUAAUAAUUACAUCAGCAAAGACAGUGAAAUGUCUCGAGAAGAACUUCUUGACACCGUGACUAGUUUAAAAGCUAGUCUUAAUAAGCUUGAAGCCAAGGUCGAGGCUAUUGAGGUAUUACAGACAUCCAAUACUUUGAACCAUUCAGUCUCGCGUGGGAGAAGUGUUGCUUUUCAUGCCGCGAACAUCCAUGGAAUUGCGCAACUUGGAGUCAAUCAAAAGAUAAUAUUUGAAACUGUCUUACUCAACUUAGGUAACGGGUACAACAACCACCACGGCAUUUUCACAGCACCGUCCGCUGGCUUGUACAUGUUUUCAUCCUCGAUGUUAAGCGCUAAUGGUGCCAGUAAUGCUUUGUUUGCAGCAGAUAUAAUUGUUAACGGUCAACUAUAUGCCCGGUUGUAUGGAAAGGGUCUCCAUGGAUAUCAUGCCCAAGGUUCGAAUACGAUAAUUGCCAAUCUUAGAAGCGGCGAUACGGUGGCUGUGAGACUGGCAUGUUGCGCUGGUUCGGGUAUGUACGGCGGGUAUUAUACAACCUUCAGUGGGGUGUUGCUGAACUCAUGUGUAUCACCACAUUAAAUUGUCAGACAAAGACGAGACAAAUUCUACAACGAUGUCACGAAUACAAUGUACUAGUAUUCGAUUGCCUUACUAUUAUAUCCGAUAUCAACAAACUGUAUAUACCGACAUGCAUAUAUUUACGUUUUAAAACAAAUGGGAAUAACACAACAACGACGACGACAACAACAACAACAACAACAACAACAACAACAACAGCACCAACACCACCACCACCACCACCAACAACAACAACAAAAACAACAACAACAACAUCAUCAUCAAAAACAACAACAGCAGCAGCAGCAUCAACAAUAACAACAACAGCAGCAGCAGCAUCAACAAUAACAACAGCAGCAACAGCAGCAGCAUCAACAAUAACAACAACAGCAGCAGCAGCAGCAUCAACAAUAACAACAACAGCAGCAGCAUCAACAAUAACAACAACAGCAGCAGCAGCAACAACAACAACAACAAACAAUUAUUUGCAACGUGGCAUGAAAUACACUCCUUAUCAUUCUAUACACUUUUGUUAAUUGUUGAUAUUAUUUUAUGUUCUUUUUGUUUUGAACCUGUCCAUUUAUUUAUCAUAGUAAAUAAUGAUAUCUUGCAGCUUGUUGAUUCGGCCAUAUAAAAGGGUCUUACUUUGAGCAUUUGUCCUUAAUUGAUGUUCAAUCUGUUAGCUCGGACAUAUACAACAAUACAUGUAUACAACCACAGAAUUAAUUGUACAUGUACCCCUGAUUACCGACGAAGGUUUGUCCGGCUAUGUAAAAUUUUAUUGUAAUGCAAAUGAAUUUCUCGAAUUC